AUGUCAGAACAAAAGGCCCUAGUAAAACGUAUUACUAACGAAACCAAGAUUCAAAUCGCGAUUUCUCUGAAGGGUGGUCCACUGGCACUGCAACACUCGAUAUUCCCGGGAAAAGAGUCAGAACCAGUAGCAGAACAGGCCACGCAAUCGCAAGUAAUCAACGUCCAGACAGGUGUGGGGUUUUUGGACCAUAUGAUACAUGCCAUGGCCAAGCAUGCCGGUUGGUCGUUGAUAGUUGAGUGCAUCGGCGACCUGCACAUCGACGACCAUCACACUACUGAAGACUGUGGGAUUGCCCUUGGACAAGCUUUCAAAGAGGCCCUGGGGGCUGUCCGUGGGGUGAAACGGUUCGGAUCAGGAUUCGCACCUUUGGAUGAGGCGCUCUCCAGAGCUGUGGUGGACCUUUCGAACAGGCCGUACGCAGUCAUCGAGCUAGGUUUACAGAGGGAGAAGAUAGGAGACCUCUCCUGCGAGAUGAUCCCACAUUUCCUCGAGAGUUUCGCAGAGGCCAGCAGAAUCACCCUGCACGUCGAUUGUCUGCGGGGCAAGAAUGACCAUCACCGUAGUGAGAGCGCCUUCAAGGCCCUCGCAGUAGCCAUCAGAGAGGCCACCUCCCCCAAUGGUACCAAUGACGUACCUUCCACCAAAGGUGUCCUUAUGUAG